UGUGUGGUGUAUGUGGAUACCCGAUGGAGACGGAAGAUUUAGUCGUCGAAAAUGUUCCCGAAAAAGUUAAAGCGAAGUGGAGAGCUUUAUAAAAAAGCCGCGAAACUGGAAGAGCAGUUUGAAAAGGAGUGGGCAUUGCAAAAUGAUCCUGCCGGACCCAGCAACCAGCCAGCAGCUCAGCAAUCUGCCGAGGAUGUUGCUAUGAAUGAACCCUGUGAAGGUCCUGUGGCAUCAAUGGAAGAGGAGUAUUUGGACGAAAACAAUACAGAUGACGAACGUGCUAGCGAUGAAGGAUCCAGCUACAACGAAGAUACUGAUGGCGAAGAGUAUUUAGAGGAAGAGUAUUUGGAGGGAGAGUUUUUGGAUGCAGAGUUUUUGGAGGAGGCGAGCCUGGAAACUGAUCCAGAAAGCGCGAAGCUACGAGACUCUUUGCGAACAUGGUUUAUUCGCAAUAAAGUUGCUCGUAGCGGGAGUAAUAAUUUACUAGGAAUACUGCGAAAAGCGUCUUCUCUUUCUGCUUUUUCAUCUAUUCCACAGGAUGUUAGGACAUUGCUGAAAGCUCCGGUUAACGUCAGCGAGCAGAUUACUAAGGUUCCUGGUGGAGGUGAAAUGUGGUACCAAGGCGUUGAAUGUUGUUUUCAACAUUAUUUUCGCGAUGUGGACGUACUAGAGGAUGUGUUUGAGCUGAAUCUUUCAGUGGACGGAAUACCAAUAUAUAACCGCAGCGCAAUACAGAUGUGGCCUAUACUAAUGCAGUUGCACAAUAUGCCGAAUGUUCCUGUUAUGGUGGUUGGAAUAUUUUGCGGCACUUCUAAACCAAACGAUGUUGAGCCUUUCCUGAGACCUUUGGUGGAGGAACUAAAUAGGCUUCAUGAUCACAAAAUGAACCUAAACGGCAAAAAAAUAACUGUUUCGGUUAUAGUCAUAAUCGCUGACUCGCCUGCACGCGCAUUUAUUAAACAAGUUUGCUACUACAACGGAGUACAUGGGUGUUUAAAAUGUAAAUGCUGUGGUACUUCCCUAAAAACACCAAAAAAAGUUAUUUUCGAGGAUACAGCAGCUCCACCAAGAACAGAUAAGGAAUUUAGAGAAGAAAAACCCAGUUCUACAGGUCAUCGAAGAGGGAAAACCCCUCUUACAGAUCUAAAAAAGUUCGACAUGAUAAAAGGUAUAGCUACUAGCGAUUUAUUACAUUUAAUACAAUUGGGUAUUGUUUUCAAGCUUCUGCUAGGCUGGGUCGAAGGAGCUCUUGCCCCCUUUAAAAAAUGGUGCAAAGAAGACAUAGAUGAAAUAUCAGAAGAGCUUAUAAGUAUACUGCUGCCCACAGAAAUUCAUAGGAAGUUUAGGUCUCUUAAUUAUCUUCACUUUUGGAAAGGUACUGAAUUCGGUAGUUUUUUACAUUACGCAGGUAUAGUUGUUUUGCAAGAUAGAAUAGGUAGACUAGCAUACGAACAUUUUAAAUUAUUAUAUUGCGCUAUAACUAUAUUAUCAUCAUGGGCAUUUAAGGACCAGUGGGAGUAUGCCGGUACAUUGUUGAGGAAAUUUGUUGAGGAUUAUAGUGUUGUGUACGAUCGCAUACAUCUAGUGAGUAAUGUUCAUCUCUUGCUUCAUGUAUACGAAGAGGUUAACAAUUUAGGCCCUCUGAUUACUUUGUCAACACAGUCCUGUGAAAAUAUGUUACAAAUAAUCAAACAUAGUUACGUAAAAUCUGGCUACCGAAGUUUGCAUCAAGCGAUAGGAAAAAUUAUAUUGUUGCGAGACAUAGACACUGCAGCACAAAGAAACCAGGAAAGUAUGACGUAUCCUACACUUAAAGUAAAAAAGGAUGAGACAAUUUUGCAAGUUAGGCAAGGAUUUUUGUUAAGGAAAAAUUUUAAGGAUUCUUGGUUUUUAACAAAAAGAAAUAUCAUAGUUAAGUACGAAAAAGCCAUCGAGGAAUCAGGAUCAGUCGUUGUACAUGGGUAUCCUUUGGUAAGACGUUUUCAAGCCUUUACUACUCCUAUUGCCUCCGAUAAAAUCUAUAAAUAUAUUGGAUACGAAAAUGACAUUUCAACAACGCUUCGAACUAUUCCAAUAACUGAUAUUAAAUGUAAAAUGGUAGCAAUUAAGACAAUACGAACAGGGGCUAAAGUACAUUUUACGCCAUUAAUACAUACCUUAACAUAAAAAGGCUUGGUUAGGUUAUACGGUUAAGUAGGUUAAAUAGGUUAGGUAGGUUAAGUAGGUUAGGUAGGUUAAGUAGGUUAAGUAGGUUAAGAAGGUUAAGUAGAUUAAGCUAUAGAUAUUAAGCAACCGAGUAGACCCGGUAUAAGGUCGGACUUAAUCCAGGGACAGAACUAAAUACUCUGUCUCAAAGUUGCCUUAAGAAUA